AUGAGGUAUCGAGCCUGUUUCUGUUUUUCAUCUCUUCAACUUGUCCAGCUUCAGGAUAGCAUUGCUUCAAACUUUUUGAAUCCAGGUAGUGAGCUUUACUUGUCAUUCACGUCCUGCAUCACCGCUCUCUGUAUUCUUAUUGCCAUGAAUGCCUGGGGUUACAGAUGGCGUUCCUCGAAGCCUCUCAUUAUCGCCACAAUUAGUAUUGCCUUAUUUGCUGAAACCUUUCUGUAUAGCUUUAUUAUUCCUAUCCUGAGUUAUAUGCUAGAGGUCCGUCUUAAUAUUGAUCCAUCGGAAACCCAGUGGCAUAUUACUGCCUUACUGGCCCUACAUGGUUUGGUUGCUCUCGUGGUUGCACCACCAAUUGCCCACCUUACCGACAAGUCUCCCAAUCGCAAAAUGCCCUUUUUACUCUCUCUCGUAAUGUCUCUAGUUGGGACAUGUUUGAUUGCAAUCUCAUUAUCAGUUUGGGUGCUUUAUGUCGGUCGUGUGAUACAAGGCGCCGCUGGAUCGGCCUCAUGGAUUGUGGGUUAUACCACCUUAGCAGAUAACGUCAAACAAGGAGACAUGGGGAGAGCUAUGGGGGUGACCAUGACAUUUUCCCUUUUGGGAAUUGUCGCAGGACCAGCGAUUAGCGGAACACUUCUCCAGCUCCUGGGAUACUGGACCGCCUGGACCGCUCCCCUAGCAGUUCUUGUCCUCAACAUUAUUUUCCGCCUCAUCAUGUUGGAGAGACAGGAUAGUGCCACCUCUAUUGCUAGUUCUAGCUCGGAGGACUCGUACUCGUCAAUUGUUUCAGGAAGAGUCAUAGAGCCACAAAGCCAGGACGAAACCUCUUCAUUACUUCCCUCAUUGUCCUCGCACAGUUAUGCGCCUUUCGAUGCAGAUUCAGCCCAGGUGCGUCCAUCUGAUGGCCCUGAGCAGCGCCCGGGAUUCUAUAGCACUAUGUUGAGAGAGCCCCGGAUUCUUACAGGGGCAGCCAACGUCCUCUUGUUUAACAUUAUAACUGCCGGUUUUAGUGCGACCUUGCCCCUUCACAUGCAGAAUGUUUUUCAUUGGGAAAGCAUGUCUGUGGGUCUGGUCUUUCUCAGUCUACAGCUCCCUCAAGUCAUCCUUAGUCCACUAGUCGGAUGUCUUCGUGACUAUCUAGGCUAUCGAUUUCUGACUACGGUCGGCUGGACUCUUUUGACUCCACUACUCUGGCUUCUCGGGAUCCCUGGCUCUAACACAUUUUUCUGGAGCCGUCCCGAGAUCCAUGGCAAAGCUGCCUUUGUUGCGUGUAUUGUUAGCAUCGGUGCUAUUUUCAGUCUGAUCCGUGGCGGGGGGCAUUGCAGAUGA